AUGUUCCGAGUUGGUCGCGGAAUGAUGAAGUCCGUGGUGGUCGCCAAGUCCUCUCGCACACUUCACUCCAGCACCACUAUCGCAAGCCAAACUCAAGUACCAGAACACGACGGGGUCUCCCAACGAGGCAAUAUCUCCGACCUUCUUGCUGGAAACGCGAUUGCUCGCAAUAGUGCUGAAUAUGCGGUGUCCCGACUCGACGAUCUUGUGAACUGGGGUCGCAAGGGUUCUCUCUGGCCUGUGCAAUUCGGUCUCGCUUGCUGUGCCGUUGAAAUGAUGCACGCCACUGGCUCGCGGUACGACUUCGAGCGUAUGGGUAUGGUUUUCCGAGCCUCGCCCCGUCAGACCGAUGUCAUGAUCGUCGCUGGAACGCUGACUAACAAGAUGGCGCCUGCUCUUCGCCGUAUCUACGAUCAAAUGCCCGAACCUCGCUACGUGGUGUCACUCGGUAGUUGUGCCAAUGGUGGUGGCUACUACCACUACUCGUAUGCCGUGGUUCGUGGUGUCGACCGCAUCGUUCCUGUCGACAUUUACGUCCCGGGUUGUCCACCGACGGCUGAGGCUCUCGUCUUCGGACUGAUGCAACUCCAAAAGAAGGUCAAGGGCAACAAAUCACUGCUCCUGAAGCUGAGAAAGUAACACGCUAGAUCUGCAAUUUGCUGCGUCGGGU